AUGAACUGCUGCCACCACCCCAUGCUUAAAUAUUUCUUGCUUCUGCUUGGCACUGCACUGGGCAUUUGUUUUAUCCAAAUGGGGGCCUUGAAUAUCAUGAAAAGUGUAAUAGCAUAUGGUUUUAGCCCUCAUCCUGAUUUCAUCAAACGAAAUUACCCCAAUAUUGGACCGUUUCUCAGUACAAAUCGCUCAUCGUGUUCCAGUAAAGGAGCUGCGCUCACAAGACACCAUGUACCAAAAAAAAUGCUGAAUGACACUCUAAAACGCAGAGCGGAGGAGUACAGGCAACACCAACUCAGAAUGGGGACAAACUUGAACAGUCUUAUUCUUGCACCAGCCAACUCUCCUCUCCAAUUUCCAAUCACAGGUUUCACAAUACCUCCAUUGACAAAAUCUGUAAUACCAGGUCUUGCUCUUCAAGCACAAAAGAGGCAAGUCUACAAGGUGUCUUUGAGUGUGAAGAGUGGAGUGCUCUCAGUAGAGGAUGUUCUGGAUGGACAGCAGGUGGAUGGACAGGGUCAGAGUGAACUGAGCAUCUCAUCUAGCAGCAUCACACAACUCAAUGAUCUGCUGUCCAGAGUGACCUACACCAGCACUAUCUACCAUGUCAAGACUAAAGAUCUGGUUCAUUUUUCUUUUGAGGACUAUGAGGCCAUAUUUCCCAUUGUGAUCAAGAGACCCUCAGUUCCUGUUUUGUACGACCCAGGGACAGAUAUUAACUCACAGGUAACCAUAAUAACAAAAACCUUUCUGAGGUAUAAGGAGCUGAACGUCCUCAUCAAGAGUAUCCGGAAGUUUUACCCAAAUAUCAAGAUCAUUGUUGCGGAUGACAGCCUGAAGCCUGAACAUGUGUCUGGAAACAACAUUGAGCACUACAUCAUGCCUCCUGCACAGGGCUGGUUUGCAGGCAGGAAUCUGGCUGUAUCACAAGUCACCACCAAAUACUUCCUGUGGGUUGAUGAUGACUUUGUAUUUUUGGAUGAGACCCGGAUUGAGAGCUUUGUAGAGAUUAUGGAGGCAGUUCCAGAACUGGACAUUCUUGGUGGUGAGGUAUCAGGUAAUCAGUAUUAUUUCAGUUUUGAGUAUGACGAGGGAGAUGAAGUGGAGGGCGGCUGCCUAAGCCGUUUAAAAGGAGGAUUUCAUCAGCCACUUCCACACUUUGAUGGCUGCAUUCUAGUAGAUGGAGUUGUAAAUUAUUUUUUGGGUCUGACGGAUGCCGUGAGAAGGGUUGGCUUUGACCCGUUCUUGAAAAGAGUAGGCCACUCUGAGUUCUUCAUGGAUGGACUUGGCCAGCUGUUGGUUGCUUCCUGUAAAGGCCUCUCCAUUGGCCACCAGAAACAUCGGUCUCGGGGAAAAUAUUACUCCUUCAGGACUCAGAAGAAAGCUGACGCGAGGAGAAAAGUGACUCAUCAUUUCUUUAAGAACUAUCUGAAUUAUAUAAAGUUCUGA